AUGUAUGGUAAUGCUCCAUGGAAUCAUACUACAUUCAACAAUGGCUCGUACAUUCCAUUCGUCUAUCAAGUUCGUUUACCUGGCAUUGAUAAACAAGGUCGUAAUUUCUCAAUUGAUCUUGAGAUUGAUCCAAUGAAAUAUCCAUCUCCAUAUGGUGGAAAUACAUUGAACGGUAGAUUUACUUUUUAUGAUCAGCCAAAUACGCUGUCUUGGUUUGAAACUGGUCUGGAACUGAAUGGCACAGUAACGUGGGGCGAUAUUACCGAGCCAGUAGUUGGUAAUACUGGACACAUUGAUCGUCAAUACUUUCCACUCUAUGCUGGUAUCUUUUCACCAACAGGCCAACAAGUAUCUCACAUGUGGUACCAGAUCAACUAG